AAGUAAAUAAUAAAAUAGUUUAACGUGUAAACAAAUGUUAAAAGUGAAUUGAAAAGUAAAAAUUGAAGUAUAAAAUAUAAAAAAGCACCUUGAACCGAACAAAACACAGGUCUCUACACUCUAGAUAAAUACUUGUUAGAUAUACCGGUAACUAUCGACGCGGAAUUUAUUAAUCCGAGUUUUUACAACUAGUUAAAAAAAAAAGUAUAGUUUUAAAGUCUCAAGCCGGUAAAAGUUUGCGUAUAUACAUUAUCGCUCGAUAAACGUACCUAGUAAUUUGUUCUUGUCGAUACUAAUGCUUGGAUUACACGUAUGAUUAAUUGAUUGAAGAUUGAGCGAAAAUGUGACGAUAAUUUAAAUGAAGAUGAGUGAUAAGGUAUGUCCGAGUGUGAGGAGUAUAAGAUUGUCUCGAUGACGGGAUCAUCAAGAACGGGGCCUCCACAGCCCCAACAAGAGGAACCGGUGUCUCCUGAUCACUCAUCGGAGAAACUAUUCAUCAAACGAAAAAUGACACCUGUUCAACACCAAACUGAACCAUUGAUCCAAUUAACGCCACUCUGGGAACACGUGGUACGGACGCAGCAAUUUCCUCCGGACGUGGACACAUGUUUAGUAUUCAAUGAGAUAUCAUCAAGACUCCGAGAUCCUGAAUGGGAGGUCCGUCAACAUGCACUUAGAGUACUGGUCGACGUAAUACCGACACUCGAUGAAGAGCGUGUCGACGAAAUUAUGGAACCAGUUGUCGGGGAGCUUAUCAAUAAUCUAGGCCAUCUUGCCCCGGCUGUACGUAAAGGCGCUCUGGAUACUCUGCGAGUUUAUUUGCUGUACAGUUCCACUCGAGACGCCAUUGUAAAAAACAUAAUUGACCGAGGGAUAAACAGGAACAAUUUCGACACCGACUCUCACAUAACUCUCGGAGUAAUCCUAAGCGCUCCCAGUUUGGUGUUUCCUUCAUCGCGGAACAUAAAGCCGUCCCGACAGAGUCUAAAAACAGUUAUAAAUGCGUUAGCGAGUUGUCUUGGGGACAUAAAGUACCAGGAAGUAGCUUUGAAGUCUUUGGUUAAAAUUCGGGACGCGAUUGGUGAUGAAUUUGUGUCUUACCUAGAGGACUGUCCAGGAGCAAAGGAGGAUUUUGAUAACCUGAGCCAGGUUUACAAUGUUCAUUCCCUGCCGAAGCGGUCGAAAAAAGUCCGGAAAAAACGGCUCAAACACGACAAACCUGUGCAGAAAACUUCCGGUGAAGAGAAAGAAGAAGAGAGGGAAAAUAGAGAAGAAAUACUUCCGCCUUCGCGAGUUGUUCUUGAAACUGAGAUUAAAUUCAACAAGGAGACAGCUAUCACCAUGACAAUUCUCGAGGAAAAAGACCAGGACUCCGAUGAUAGUUUAGAUAGCCCGCUAAAGCUAGAGGACGCUUCGAAGAUAAAGGAAGAGUCUAAGGAAAUGUGGAUAGAGAGACGCAAAACACCUCGGCGUGUUCAUUUCGGCGGUGAAAUCGUCAAACUGAGAACUCCUGACAGCGAUGACUCCCAACUGGUUCCACUCAGCUCCAGAAUACCCUUGCCAAUUUCCCCAGUUACCAAAAUGCCGAGCUACAGACCCUCGAGGUCGGUGUCGCAUCCUUGUAGCCCCAGUUCUCGGUGCCAAGUUCCCAAAAGAUCCCGAAGUUUUUCCGCGAGUCCUAAAAGAAAUUAUAUUCACGACGGAAGUUUGAAUCCUGGGAAGAGUAUUUUGAGUAAAACUUCAAAAUUGUCUGCUGAUAAUUUGUACUUUUAUGACUUAGAUGAUGUCGACAGUGUUUUUGGGUUUAAAGAGAGCGAUCGCAGCUGGUCGUUUGAAAUUUUUGACGCGAUUGAUGAUUACACGGAGAAAAUACACUCGGGGAUGGUUAAAGACAAGCGAAAGAAGAAAAAGAAUAAAAUUGGGAGAAGAAAAGUAGAUGAUUUUAAUAACUUCAGGGGGUCGGACGAAAAAACUAAUGAAAUUAAUUUUAUCGAGUAUCCGGAGGCUAAAGUUGGCUCGGGUAAUUUCGAUAAAUCCUUUGAGUUGAAAAGUAAAAACUAUUUAAAUGGUAAUAGAUCAAAUAUUAAUAGCGGGAGCAAAGAAAUGAGUAAAAAGGAUAAGGAUGAGGUUAAUGAGGAAAGAAAUAAAAAUAUAAGUGAUAACUUUAAAAAAGUAAAUGAUAAAUUGCGAUCGCCAAGCACUUUUGAAAGUUUUCCACGUAAAGAACGUAACUACAUACUUAUGGAACUCUCAAGUCCUAUUAAAGACAGCAGAAGUCGUCAAGUUUCUCCGGUUUUGUUUUCAUCGGUUGGUGGGUCAGAGCUUGUACAAUCAAAUGAAAAUACCCUAGAGUCGGAAAGUUUAUCUGAUCGUGUAUCUAUUGGUGAGUUAAAUGCUUCUGUUGUAUUAUCCACUAAUGAGACGUUUAAGGAAGAAAGUUUAAACACGGAAAAUAGCGAAACUCCAGAGGGUCGGGAGGGUAAAAAAGUAGAGGCUGGGGCUAACCAAGUGCCAGCGACAGCUAAAGAGGAUAAGAAAGAAAUAAAUGAAAACAAUAAAGAAUCUAAAAAGUUUUCCGAUAGUAAGACAGUUGGUAAGAAUUUUGAUUCGGGCAAUGAAAGUCGGACUUGCAGCAGCAGUGAAGGGGAGAACAAAACCCUAGAGCCGAGUUGGGAAGAACUUGGGCUUGUUGAUCAAGAAGUGCUUAAUGAUCUUCAUAAUAAGGAGGACUGGAGAGCCCGAGUUCGCGGGUUUGAGAGAGUCGCUUCAGCUUUGAGGAGCCCCUCGGCAUUGAUUGCGAUUGAGCCGAGACUAGGGUCACUAUUGCACGCGGUCCUGGGGUGCGAGAGGAGUUGUCGAGUGGCUGCUGCUGGAAUGGCUGUUGCCAGAGUCGUGGUUUUCGGCGUAAGUGAAGAAGCUCUUAAACGAUGGUUGCCGCAAGUAGCUUGGGGUUUAACGCGCCAAGGGGGCCCUAAUGCUGCUCAAAUUGCGAGAAUUGCCAUGAGAAAGCUUAGUCCAGCACUCUUCCUGGAACAAUUACUCCAGCCCCACUGUAUUGACGCGAGGAAUGCUAAGACAAGAGAAAAUGCUCUUCAGUUACUCAUCUUCUCGUUGGAUCAGUUUCCAAGUACUGAGUUCAAAGUCGAGAACGUUGCUAACAAAGUGGCUUUGAUGGUCGGAGAUAGAAGAAGACGAGUUCGGCAAGCGGCUUUAGAUACUCUCGCAGUGCUUGCACAAAUUUACGAGCCUGAGGAGGUUCUUCAAGCCGGCCAGAGAGCAGCUAAACAACUGAAAGAAAGCUCUGAUAUGGUUGCUGCUAUUCGUGCCAGACUUGCGAGAAAAUCACUUCCGACGGUUACUCCAGACGGUCUUGUUGUCUACGGUCUACAAAUUUCUCCGACUGUCCAAAUUGCCAAUGGUCCAGAUGUCGACUGGAUCGUCGCUGGAAGCGGCUCAGUUUCUCCUGGAACUGGAAGGGUCCGCGGACAAAUUAUUAAUAUGUACCCUCGAGCUAAUUUCGAAAAGAUUUCGGAAAAAAAUGAUACGGAAGAAAAUUAUCCAAGUCAUGACGGAAACUUAGUCGCUCGUGGUAUUGGAUUACAUCCAAAAAGUGGGAAACCUGUGGCAUGGCAAUUAGUAUCGGCCGCGAGCAAAGAUGAAAAUAAAGUGAUAAAUGGAAAUCAUACGGAUAAAAAUUCAUUUAAAAGUGAUGGAAUCAAUGGCAACAUUAAAAAAGGUCUAGAAGAUUCACCCAGUCCUUUUAUAUCAUCACUGGACAGUAUCGAGGAUUCUUACGGGACUGAAGCGGUAAACAUAUCACUUAUAAAAGAUGAAAAGGACGUAAUAAUGAAGCUAAGAAAGACGGAAGAAAAUUUCCAUCGACGAAUGGACGAAAUUUAUUCGGAGCGACCGUAUCAAGACAUAAUAAGACUUGAGUCACGAAUUCCCGUCGCCCAAUUUCGUGAUCGUGAUAUAGUUGUGCGACAUAGUACAGCUUACUCACGUAGACGUCGUACAGUUAAAAUGGAUGAGUACGAAACUUCAUCUUCAGCCCCGCAAAGUUCUUAUGGUCAGCGUGACGACGAGAUUAACCGGAGAUAUCGGAGUGAUAGAAUUAAACGAGAGUCAAGAGGAGGCUCUGACGACCGGGGGGAGUUUAUUUCACCUAACCGAGCUUCACCUCAAGUGUCUCCGAGCCGCGAUACCACAUCUAUUCCCGGUAACCGUCGACGUCAUACUGCAAUUCAGAGUAAGGGUUUUCACCCAGAUAAAUAUGGUUUUUCUUCUACUAUCGAAUCGAGAUGUAAAUCAGUGCCAGCGUCAUACCAAAGCCCAUUCACGGGAGUCCAAACAAUUGAUUCUUAUUCGAGAAUUUCCAGCUCGCCGAUGGUAAUAAAAAUAGACAAAGCUAAUGCCGACGAGGAGUUUAAUCAAAAAAAUAUUUGUAACUCAACGCAAACUGAUACGCAACGGAUAAAUAAUCUGAAUGACCUUUCUUCUCAUUAUUCGGGUCGCGAUCGAGAAUCGUAUGAGGUCUCAAGUGACUCGUCCAAUGAUAGAGACAACGAGCCGCUUCAAGAUCAUAAGGUCAAUGAGGAUAAUUCUCUUCGGAGUGCUUCCAUUAUUCCCAAGUCCUUUGACAUUAUUACACAAGAAUCUAAUCCGUCUAGAAGAAAUUCUAUCGACCAGAUACCAGUAACAAUACUGUCAAGUGCGACGAAUUCAACAGACUUGGAUAAAGAAACGAGUUCUGAUGACAUAGCCUCUGGGCGCGAGCUAGACAGUGAUGAUCCUUUGACUCGUAAUCCAGCUUCAGGCUCUUCAGUUCUGUCUAAUGAGAGCAGCUCAGUUGAUGAAGCGAUAAGGGAUGUUAUAAGUCCUAACCGCAAGAGCGGAAUCCAAGCUAUAGCUUUUGACGAACACGAUAGUCCGGAUGUAUCUCUGGCUUACGAUCGAGAUUACUCGACCGAGCUGCAGAUUGAUAUCGAGUCGAGAGUGUGUUCUUCCAUAAAUUCUCCCAAUAAAUUCUUCCACUCGCCUGCGCAUCUUGUUGAAGGUGAAAAAUCAUUUUCGAGAGCUGGAGAUUUGGACGUAAAUGAAGAUGAAGACGAAGAAGAAGAAGAUGAUGAUGAGCAAAUUGAAGAUGAUGUCGAGGAAAAUGAGAGCGAAGAUGCAAAUCGUAAUUUCGAGGAAGAGGAAGAGGAAGGGGAUAAAGACGUAUCGGAAGAUAAAAUUGAUGAGAUGUCGGGAUCUAUCGGUACUUCCAAUACGACAAGCUUCAGCAUUACUGGAAUAACCACAACGUCUUCUUUAACCGCAUCUACGUCAACAUCUUCUUUAAACCCGGAGACUGUGAAGAAUUUAGUUUCGAUAGUCGUCGCGUCUCGACCUCAUUCUCGAGUAGCGGCUGAGUAUCAUGAAACCACCGCCGCCGUCACCUUCCAGCCUCUCGACUUCCGGCAAUUCCGUGAGGAAACCUCUACUUCCGGAGCCACCGAAGCCUCAGCUAUCCAUGACCCGAAUGAUGAUACUCUUGCAAUAAAAUCAGAUGACCGUGAUGAGGAUAUUUCUGUUACCAGCAAAAUAGUUUCUGUGAUUAAACAUCCAUCGGAUGAAAAUCCUGACACAGAAAUUCAUGUUUUAACAAUAGAAAAAAUUCAUCAAACGUUAAUAAGCUCCAGGGAAAAUGGAACAGUAGCAGAAAUCGCCCGGAUCCAUAUGGACAAUAAUGAAAUAGAAACAACGACAAAGAGAUUGCAAUCAAAAGUACCGCGUAGCAGAACAAAAAUGAAAACAGGAUUCAAUAAAGUUUCUCCAGCGCUACCGAUUAAUACUGAAAAAAGUUUUAAUAAAUCAAAGCCAAUUAUUCCACAAUGCUUUGCCCAGCUUGAAAGCAAUGACUGGGAAGUCGCGAUAAAAGGACUGAAAGGGUUGUCGAUUAUAGCAAGACAGCAGAGCGAAGUAUUGGACAAGUGUCCCCAAAGUCUGGUCGGUCGAUUGCUAGCUCGUCAUAUCAAAAAUUUGAGAUCCCAGGUCGCUCGAACUGCUUGCAUGGCUGCUGGUGACGUUUUUGAGUCUCGAUCGCGAUGUCUCGAUCAUGAUCUUGAUGAAAUUGCUGGACCAUUACUGCACAGAACAGCAGACACCAACAGAUUUUUACGAUCUGAUAGCAACGCGGCUCUUGAUCGUAUGAUAGAACACCUUCCGCCUCAUCGUACGAUAUCUGUUAUUAUUUAUCGCGGCGCUAGUCAUCAAAAUGCUAUCGUGAGAGCAUCCACGAGUAGACUUUUAGCUUCUGUCGUCGAACGUAUGGGACCAGACGCGGCUAUGACACUUCCACGAGAUGUCAGAGAAAAGUUGCUAAGUAGCGGAGCUAAACUUUUAAUGGAUGCUAACUUAGAUGCGAGGAACCACGCUAAGAUGAUGUUCAAACAGCUUUCAAGAUGCGAAGGAUUUAGAAAAGCAUUAAAAGACUCCGUCCCAGAUACAACGCUUCGUCAUAUUGAUAAAAUACUACGAUCACUUUAAUGUCAAUUUUAAUAAAGAAUAUUUAAUAAAUUGUUAUAUAA